AUGCUGACUGAUUGUUUCCUUGUCGUUGUCGUUGUUUGCAAUAUUGCAAUAGACUGUCAAGUUAAGUCACGUACGCCGUAAAGUUGUGUUUGGGUAAAUACGUAGGUCUCUCAAAUUCCGCGUAAAUAGUUAAAACGAUCCAAGUAAUCUUCAUAAAGGGCUGAAAAAGUUCAGUUUCUUUGCGUUUUAAAGUAAUUUAAACAUGUCAUCUACGAAAUCAAGUGUAGAUGAUCUUCUUGGAGAUAAAUUCUCUGCAGAGUCAUGGGUGGACGUGGGCGCCGGCUCCACCUGCGGUUCCACCAACGGAGGUACUCCAGGGUCCAUAACGCACACUCUGUCCGUUGAAGACUACUUACGUUUACUUAAAGAAGCCCAGGAAUCUAACCAGUCGUCUGCCAGAGUCUCUCUAGCAGGAUCACGACGAGACUCUCCCAGAAGCAGCCCCAAAUCGCCACCAAAUAGCCCUGUGCAGGGAACAGCUCUAAAUCUCGACUGGCAAAACUAUUAUAUUAAUACCGAAGCCAAAGAGGAAUCGGAUUCUGAGUUUUUUAACAAUUGGAGCAGUCGCCCUGAUCAACUACCGCCUAAGAACUGGAGUUUCCGUCCGCCAAAGCGAGAUCUUCUAAGUAUUCGAUAUGCCCGUGUGGGCAAUAGUAGCGUCUUUUCCCGUAAAGGCCUGUGCACCCUGUUCCUUACUAAUCUCAUCUCUCUUCUUCUGGGAACUGGCGUGGGCCUUUGGCUAAGUAAACAUGGAUUUUUCGUGCCCGCCAUUAAAAUACGUUAAGUAAUCAAAUCUUGUCAGUGUUCCAAGCUGGUAGAAAAAGAAAAUAAGUUUAAGUUUUUUAUAUGGCUUUAUUUUAUAAAUUGAUCAAAAGUUUUUAUUAUAGGUAAGGUUUUUUCACACGUUUGGUAGGUAUCUUGUACACUAUGUAAUAAUGUACAUAAGUUAAGGCAGUGUACACCGGAGUUGAACAACAAGUUCGCUGAACAAUAGAUGAAAAUCGCCAAAAUCUAAUACAGCAUUGCAGGUAUUCAGGAGUGCCAUUUAGAACGAUUUUAUUUGACAAUUUUGACAGUUGUUCAGCUUUUGUAUACACAAAUGUGACAUUAUUUUAAUUUUAAUGUAUUCUUCGAUAACUUCAACCUAGAUUAGAACCUUUUGAAGAAGAAAAGUUUCUUGAAUCUGGGUUAAGUGAUUAUCUGACUAUAGUUUAGGUUUAUAAUUCAAAAGUUUGGUUACAGUUUCAAACGAUGCUUCUAACGCACUUGACAGGAAUGUCUACUAAACCUCUUGAUAAAGCAUUUUGUAAGCACUUUAGUAUGAUAGGUCAAGUACACACAUAUAUUUAUUUUCUGUCAAUAUUCUAAUGGCAUAAAGUCCAGAAUAUUCAUUCAUUUUUUCAAUUAGUACGAAGGCUUUGUAGUUAACACUAUGUGGGAAUAUGAAAUAAGUAAUAGAACAAAAAUAGCAACAACAACUGGUUUCAAAAAAUGUUGUUAAGAUUACAUGUCUUCAGCACACGAAUGAAUAAGUAGAUCUGAAAAAAGUGGAAGGAAUAAAAGACAAUUUUAUAAAGCUGAAAUGAAUACAUAAAGAAGAAGAAUUUGGCACUGCGGCUUGAGCCAAAGGAAAAUUAAGAAAGCAUUGAUGAAACUCUAUUGAAUGAAGAUAUAGGAAAGAAAAAUUUAUGUAGAAGACAAACAAUGCAUCAACAAAACAAUUCACAAAUUUUGUGGUUGGUGGAAGGUCCAUAUACGGAAUUUAUUCUUUUGUAAGUCAAUUUUGCAGCUUCAUGUUUUGCUUUUUUUACUUGGUCCUUGUCCAAUACUUUUCAGACCCGCAUACUGACUUUGAAUGGUAAAUGUACGAUGUUGUUCUCCUUUAUCGGUCAUCAUCAUCAUCAUUUCUCAACCUCUUGAAUCCACUGUUGUAUGUAGGUCUCCUCCAUAUUCUUUCAUUAUUCACUACCUUGUGCCUUCUGUAUCCAAUUUCCCACUGUUUUUCUCAAGCCAUCUAUCCACCUUUUUGGUAGUCUACCUCGGUUCUCUUAGCUUCUCCAGAUCUCCAUUCUGUGAGUCUUCUGGUGCACCUAUUAUCAUUUAAACAUGCUACAUUUCCAGCCCAUCUCCAUCUGGCUUGUGCAAUUUUUUCUAUCACAUCUGUCACUUUAGUCCUCUCUCUCACUAUCUUAUUUGGUACCAUAUCUCUUCUUGUUAACUAAAUUGAUCAUCAUGUAUUUUGUUUUGUGAAAGUUUAUGUUCAGGCCUACUUGUUCUAUUGCCUGUUUUAGUUCUUCCAUAAUUUUGUAAGCUUCAUUUAAAUUCUCGGCUAUAAUAACGAUGUCAUCUGCAAAGCCCAAGUGGCUUAAAUAUUCACCAUCAAUAUUUAUUCACCUUUUAGCACAAUUUAGUUUUUAAAAUGCAUAUUCCAGAGCUGCAGUAAAUAGUUGGGGGCAGACGGUGUCGCCCUGUAUAAUUCCUCAUUCAAUCAUAUAUUUAUCGAUAUAUUUAUGUUUUUCUUGUCGAUAUUCACUACCGUAUUAUUACCAAUAUUCGCUAGGAUGUCUUAGCGAUAUUCAAAAUACAUUGUGUGUUCUCACACUCUUUAUAAUGAAUGAUAUCAACCCCAUGAAAGAAGGCAAACAUAAGGCACCGCAAGAAGCCCUUGGAUUAGUAGGAAACGCUAGUAAGAAGUGCCAUCGUGAGCAUACCGGUUAGUCUGCAUGCUAUUAGCAUUACAGUACAUGGUAAUGGUCAAUUAGGACCAUAUAGGUAUACUCAACAUAUACCUAUAACGCAGAAAAACAUUAUACAUUUGCCAUUUGAAUGUCAGUAUGUGGGUCUGAAAAGUAUUGGACAAGGACCAAGUAAAAAAAAGCAAAACAUGAAGCUGCAAAAUUGACCUACAAAAGAAUAAAUUCCGUUGACGACCGCAGUGCCAAAUUCUAAAGCAUUACCGUGUGCUACAAUGCUAGUAUCCUCCACAUGAAUCGCGUUUCCCAGUAAUUUAAGGCCUAAAAAAAGAUGAAUAUAUUGCCUACUGGAGCCGACUGAAGGGGGACACAAUAUAGAUGGAAUACCGCCCCAAUGUAGAAGUUCAAUGAGCCAAGAACACAUGAAUCAUAAAGACAAAGCAAGGUUCUGAAACUAUUUUCUUGUGGCAUGUUACAUUUAGUGUUGAUAUGAGAUUGAGCCACAAUAUAGUUUGUAUAUAUAUAUAUAUAUAUAUACAUAUAUAUAUAUAUAUAUAUAUAUAUAUAUAUAUAUAUAUAUAUAUAUAUAUAUAUAUAUAUAUAUAUAUAUUGUGGCUCAAUAUAUGUACACAUAUUGAGCCAUAUAGUAGUGCAGAGUUUGUACAGUAGUCUACCAGGAGGAAAUUAUAAAUCGAAUGCCAAAUUUGAAUAACAAGGUAUGUAUCCAUUAGUUGGUGCUCCCUGCUCUGUGUAGCAGCUCCACGUAGUAGAUAGGUUGAUGCUCGGCGCUCACCUUCUUCGGUUCAACCGGUUUGCGGUUUAUAUGUAGGGGAGCGCAUGCCGUAUCCAUUUGAGCAACUACAGGGAGCACCAACGUAUGGAUAAGACCUUUCGAAAUGUAUUGUGUGUUCUCAGGCACCCUUUAUAAUGAAAGGUAUCAACGUUUAUUUUGUUAUUAUAAAGUAACAGACCUAUCAUACUAACGUUAUACAUCAAAAGUAACUUUCACCCCUUUUGGAUUGUUUUUGUUUUAUCAGUAGCUUGUGAACGCUGCCUUGUGAAUGAGACUGGGAUUUUCUACUAUAUAGUUGUGGGUAAUGAUUUACCUCUUUAACAGAUGAAACAGACGAGCCACUCUACUCGGCUACUAAGUGGAUCCACAAAGUGGCUUAAACAGGCGACUUUGUAGCCCCGAUGAUUUUGUAAUGGACGCCACUGUUAGAGCCACUUUGUGGAUCCACAGAGUAGCUCUGCAGAGUGGUUCGUCUGUUUCUGCGUUUAAUCUCCUUAUUUUAUAUCUUAGGAAAACUAAAUUUUCGUAUUUAUCUAUUGUUAUUUCUCUUAGAAUAUUAUUAAUUUAUAUUACUAAUGUUAGUCGUGGAAGAGACAUUUUGGUUUAUUUUGGAAAUUCAGUCAUUGUUUAGUAAAUUAAAGUUAAUACAGUAGAACCCCGAUAAUCCGAACCCCGCUAAUCCGAACCAACAGAAAGAGAAAAAAAUUGAAAAAUUCACGACAAAAACUUGAAAACAUGUUUAUCAUACAGAGUAAAACCAGAAAAUUGAACAAUGUAGGAUUAAUAGGACUUUGACAUUUAAAAUUUCUUCAAAACGAAUAUGUACUUUAUACGUAGUACUUAUAAAGGUUACAUAUUAUAAACGUACGUCGGUUCCCUUGCAGUCAACUUAAGUCCAAAAAUAUUAUCCACGCUCUUGCGAGAUCGUUUUGCGACAACGAAAGCUUUGAAUUUAUUAUUUAUUACUAGUUAUGCUUGGUUAGGCUAACUUUCGGAUAAUCCGAACUUUUCGGAAUCCGAACAGGGUGUCCCCCCAAUUAGUUCGGAUUUGCGGGGUUCUACUGUAUAUUGUGUUAGGUUAGUUGAAAGCAAUGUAUGUCUCGAAAACUGAACAUUUGCUGUUUUUUGUUUCGUAGUUUAUCAACUAUGCCCUCUUUUGAAUAUUCAAUCUACCUACCGUUCAAGUAAUAACUUAAAAGUGCGUCAAGUACUUUUUAUGUUCCGAAAUUUAAACAAUCCCACUGAUUGCCUUAUAGUUUAAGUUAAUCUUACAUACUAAACUGUUGAAAAAUGUUUCCUAUGAAUUAGUUUUGUAUAUAUGCCAUUCUUGAAUAAUUCUUCAUACUUACUGUGUCAAGUAGAUUUUUCCAAACCAAAUUCACACAUUAGUUGUUUCUCGAAUGUCGUACAAUAAGAGUUUUCUUUGACACAUGUAUAAUAAUCUUGGAAUAUUGCUCGUCUCGAUGUACAUUUGCGUGUUUUGAAGCUGCUUGCAAGCCAUGUGGACCUAAAGCACGCCAGUAUCUCCUACGCCGCUUGAAAACAAGUCAGGCGGUUUGGCAGUCUGUGAUGGACAAUCAUUCAGUUUACGUUGACCGCGCGAUCGAUUUCAACGUAGAUACAGAGCUGUUUAUUUCUGGCGUGUAUUGACGCAAAGAAACCGCUCAAAGGUUUGUUGACGGGAAACUUAGCUUGAAAACAAGCAGCUUGAUCGUAGUCUGCACGCAACUUGAAAACACGCAAGUGCCUAGGGUCAUGCAAACCUAACGAUACCUGUGAAAUUUAAGUUCAGAAUGGUUUUUAUAUUAUGAUUCUCAAGUAGAACACCAGUGUCAGUAAAUAAUGAUUGAAUAUCCAACCAUGUCAAUAUACAUCAGUGUCAAUGUAAAAUGUAUGUGGCUGCUAGAUGUCAUAAAAUUAUAUAUCUGUUAAUGUCAUUGUUUUCUACCAGUUUCUGUUGUGUUUGUGUUCCAGCUGUAGCUGGAAUUAUAUAGAACUUUUGAAAAUUUAUCUUUAGAUUACCUUUAGUAUUACGUAAGGAUAACUGUGUUUUCGAUUAAUCACAAAUACAUUUUUUAAGCAGGA